UGCUGGAUGUAGAGCGAGACAAAAUGAUCCUGAUUCUGCAGCUGCUGCUCGCACUGACUGUACUUUCAAGUGCAGAUGGAUAUUAUUUUUACGACACAAAUGAGUGCAUCUCCAGUUCAUCAGAUCUGUCUGAUGUGGAAUACAUUUAUACCCAGCAUUUCAAUAAGCUUGCAGAUAUUCAGUUUAACAGCACUGUGGGGAAGUUUGUAGGGUUCACUGAGGUCGGAGUGAAGCAAGCAGAGAUCUGGAACAGCGGACCUGAACUACAGACGAGGAGAGGCGAGCUGGAGAGAUACUGCAAAUACAACCUACCAAUAUUCUUCUCUACUAUUCUGAAUAAAGCAGUGAAGCCGAGGGUCGAACUCACAUCAGAACAGCAGGGCAGUGCUGGUCAUCCAUCCAUGUUGAUGUGCAGUGCGUAUGACUUCUACCCCCCAGCCAUUGAUGUGUACUGGCUGAAAAAUGGUAAAAAAGUGACCGGUGAUGUGACCGCCACUGAGGAGAUGGCUGAUGGAGACUGGUACUACCAGAUCCACUCCCACCUGGAGUACACGCCCGCAUCUGGAGAGAAGAUCUCCUGUGUGGUGGAGCACGUCAGCUCUAAGGAGCCCAUCAUCAAUGACUGGGAUGGUUCUCUUCCUGAGUCUGAGAAGAACAAGAUUGCCAUUGGAGCUUCAGGGCUGGUGUUGGGGAUCAUCCUGUCAGCUGCUGGAUUCAUCUACUACAAGAAGAAAUCCUCAGGGCGGAUCCUGGUGCCGAGUUAAAUGCUGGUUCCCAUGUUAAUGUUGAGGACUCAUCUUUAAUCUCAGGUGCAGAAGCAGAGGAGUCUCAAACAAAUUUUAUCAUCUGCAUUCUUUUCAUAGAAUACAAUUUAAACAGAUGUUUUAAUUCUGAGAGUCUUUACCAAAAACAAAUGUCUUUUUCUGCACAUGCAGGCAUAAACUUGAUCAUUUUCUUUUAUGAGUUUUUAUGUAUGAUUAAUGUUGAGGGGCAAGAAGCUUAUAAAAAUAUUCUGUAUUGCAUUUAUGUGAGGUAAUUUAUUGUUUUUGAGGCUGAUUAUAUGAUAUCACAUAGGCCUACCACAGACUUCGUAAUAAGACCAUUUGUAGAUCACACCUAUUUAAAACUUAAUGAUUUGAUAUGAAUGAAGAUUUACAAGAACUACAUUUCCUGUUGGCAUGGACAAAUCUGGCUUUGUCUAACUAAAGGGCUCUAAUUAUUGAAAUUGUGCAUACCUUUCUUUCCUUAAUUAGUCUACUGCUUAUCACUGUCAUUGCAUUUUAACAAACUAGCAUCAAAGACACAAACUUCUAUUACCAGACAAAUAUCUGUUAUCACCAGUAGCUAAAUGUGUAAUAUUGUAAAGUUGAAUUGGCUCUUGAUUUUGUAUGUAUUUGAUUGCUCUUAAUAAACAUUUCUUAACAAUACA